GCUUCUCGCUGCUACCCGGGAGCCCAGCAGAGUUUUCCCUGAAAUAAAUCAGGUAGACAAGAUCAGCAUCCGCCACGGUCCAAGCCCGUCGGAGAGAGACGGCAAGCAGCAUGUCCUUCAACCGAAAGAACUGGUCCGCGCUGUCCAGCCUGGCUCAACAAUGGUCUGUUGAGGAUGGAGAGGAGCAGGAGAGAGAGCGCAGGCGAAGACAUAGGCAACUGAGUUCCACCUCUGAAACAAAGGCGGAGGAAUCCUCCAGCAAAGUACAGAAUGCGACCCGUCCGACAUCAAACAGGGUUAAUAAUUCCUUAGAGGCAAAGCUGCUUAACUUGGAAAAUUCAGCACUGAAAAACGAGAAGACUGAACCAGUUGCAGUAAAUAAACUGGAAGGCAGAAGAGUGUGGAGGAGAGCAGAGUUUUUAAAUAACAUAAAACAAGACAAGAAAAUACUAGUGAGUACUAAGAAAUUUGAAAAGGAACCUCCUGAAGAGAAUCCUGCAUCUCCUCCAGAAUCAUCCAAAGAAGAGGGAAGAGCAGAAAAAUGUGAAACCCUAAUUCAGCAAAAGGAUGCUAUAGAAGAAAGCCAUCACAUCCAGAGUCCAAAAAAAGAGGAGAUCACACUGGAGCAACAUGAAGCCCUGAAGCAGGAGAAGGACCUCAAAACAGAUGAGGAUCAGGUCUUCAGUGAGGAGGAGAAGGUCCCAAGCAUAUGUGAAUCUCAGAGACUGGUUGUGACCCAGAAUGAGGUGGCUUCCCAGGAGCCUCAACGAAUUUCUUGCGAACGUAAAAGCAUCAGCCGGCUUGAGGUGAAAAUUCAGCCAAGAGCUAGAAAGUUUACUGAUCCUGCUGUAACCACACCUGCUUCUGAGGCACCACAGGCCACCGAAAAAUCUAUUCCCAAAUCAAAUGCUAAAACUAUAAGGUCUCCCUCUGGUCAAGAAGGUUUUGAUGCCCCUAUAUUAAUUUCUGAACCGCGGAUUACUUAUAGUAGCUCAUUCAACCGGAUCAGUCCAAGGACAAUCUCAUUCCGGGUUGUUCCCAAGAAAGAAAGACAAGAAGAUGCAUUAAGCAGAAGUGCUAGUAUGAGGCUUCCAGCAAGCACAGUCAAACUUGAGGAGAAGCUAGAGAGAUAUGCAUCUGCUGUCCAGAGGUCAGGAUCCAUUAAAGUGUCUUCACCUAUUCGGAGAAACUUCCAACUACCUUUGGAGGGUGUGGCCAGCAGACGUAGCAUCUUUGAAGCCACUAUUCCUGUCCAGAGUGAGCUUCCCACUCUUGUCCGUAAGGAAAGUUUGAGGAUGCCAGGAGGAGUCUCAUCCCGAAUAAAUCUCUGGAUAAGUCGAACUCAGGAAUCCAAAAAGAAUGAAGGAGACAAGGACAUUCAGAGAACUGGGAACACCACACAAGGCAGUUAGUUGGAAAACUGAUCUGAUGGUUUGUGAAGGAAAUCCAAGAUGUAACAAGACAUGCUACUCUCAGGAAAACUUACCUCCAUUGAAACAAAAGUCACAGAUCUCUUGGAAUUCUACUAUAUCCCUCUGUUUAUUGCUCUACUCUUAUACAGAACUGACCACCUGGCAAAGAUAUCUAUCAGCCGACAAUGCCUACAGUGCCUUUUAUUGAAUGGAGCUCUUGAUGACUUAAAUGAUUCGAUGGAUGUGAAAACUGACCUAUGACAGAAAAACUAUAUUUCUAUAAUACAUUUUUUUCUUUUUAUUGUUAUAUCAUCAGUCCUCACCAAAAUUAAGUUCUAUUAGCAAAUAUGAAAUGCAUAUGGCUUCUUUACUGGAUCAUAUUUCAGCUAUGUUUCCACCAUGAUGAAUACUUACAUUUGCACCAAGCAAUUGCAAUUGUUGCCUAAAUGUAGCUUUGCCUGUUCUUGCUUAGCUUGUUAUUAUCUAAUUAUCUUAUUUGAAUAAAAGAGGGAUGUUUUAAUGGGGAAAUUGUGCUCAACCCUAAACUGAUCAGAACCAUGAGGAGGUUUAAAGCAAAAAU